AUGGAAUAAAAAGAAGAUUUGUUAGCUUUAUCAAAAUUGGUGGAAUAAACAAUUUACAAGGCGACAAUUAAAAUAUUGAAAAAAGAAAAUGUUUCAGAUUGUUUAAAAUAUCUUUCAGAUGAGGAAAAUCUCUCAAGUUGUUUAUAAACCAUUUAAAAAGCAGUGCCUAAAACAAAUGUGAAUAAAGAAGAGUUGGCGAAAAAUAAAAUGAAGAUAGUGGUGAAGAUUUUGAAACAACUUAAAGAUCAUGACAUUAAAAACAAAAAUUAUUGUGAAGAUCUUUAUGAAGAAUUUAGAAAAGAUCUAAUGAAAAAAAUAUAAAAAAUUGAUAAAAUAGUAGAAUUGUUAAAAUUUUUAAUGCAACUGACAGCUUUAGAUGAAUAAUUUAUUCAAUGUGGAUCAAAUGCACUUUAUUUAUUAGUGCAAAUGAAGGUUGAUCUUACUAACCAAAACUUUGAAGAUAUUAGAAUUAAAAUACUAGUUUGAUAGGUGCAAAUUUUGUCAAAUGUAAUUUUAGCGGAUCAGAAUUCGAGAAUGUAGACAUUGGUGGAGUGAACUUAAAUGGUGCUCUAUUAUUGAAUUAUAAGUGGAAGGGCAUUAAAAUACAAGAACUUAAUAAAAUAGAUGGCCAGAAUAAAUAUGUUUACUCAGUAUGCUUCUCACCAGAUGGAACUUCUUCAGCAUCAUGCAGUUAUGGAAACUCAAUCCGUUUAUGGGAUGUUAAGACAGGAAAAUCAAAAGUCAAAUUUAUUUACAAUGAAACGGUAUGUUCUUUAUGCUUCUCACCAGAUGGAACUACGUUAGCUUCAGGUAGUAAGUCAAUCCGUUUAUGGGAUGUUAAGACAGAAUAGUAAAAAGCGAAAUUUGAUGGCCAUAGUGGAACUGUCUAUUCAGUAUGCUUCUCACCAGAUGGAAAUACUUUAGCAUCAGGUAGUUGGGAUAACUCAAUCAGAUUAUGUAAUGUUAAGACAGGAAAAUAAAAAGACAAAUUAGAUGGUCAUACUAGAUAUGUUUAUUCCGUAUGCUUCUCGCCAGAUGGAACUACUUUAAUUUCAGGUAGUUAUGAUAAAUUCGUCUAUGGGAUGUUAAAACAGGAUAAUAAGAAGCCAAAUUGAAUGGU